AUGACGUCCUCACAAGAAUGGUUUGACGAUGCGAUUUUUGAUGGAACAAUUCAAAAAAUACCAUACGAAGAAAUCUCUAAGGGAAAACUUAUUGGUGAAGGAGGAUUCGGAAAAGUUUAUUUAGCUGAAUGCAAUUCAAUCGCCGAAAAAAUUGUACUCAAAAAGAUCAGAAAAUGCCAUAUUAAAGAAAAAGAAAAAGAUAUUUUAUUUGCAUUUAUAAAAGAGUUAAAAAUACAUAGUAAUUUGGAACAACAUGAGAGUAUCAUUCCAUUAUACGGAAUUACUGAGAACAGAAACUCCUAUUUUCUAGUAAUGCAAUUUGCAAAUAACGGAACGCUAUCUGAAUUUUUGAAAGAGAAACGCGAUACUUUAGACUGGGCUAUAAAGAUCUCACUAGCAGAGCAAAUGGCUGGUGGUAUUCAUUAUCUUCACUCGUGCAAUAUAAUUCAUCGAGAUUUGCAUUCCAAAAAUAUUUUAUUACAUGAUGGUCAAAUAAAAAUUGCAGAUUUUGGUCUUUCUAAGGAUAUUAAUAGCCCAACCUCCAGCACUUUGGGAAUUUUUGGCCUUAAUCAAAUAGCCCUUAUGAAUAACAUUAUUAAUGGACUACGUGAAGAUCCAAUUAUCUAUACGCCUCUUGAAUACGUAGAAUUAUAUAAGGAUAGUUGGAAACCUGAGCCAAAAGAUCGGCCUUUAAUCCAGGAGGAGUUGACAUUAAUAUAA